CUAGUUACCUUAGCGGGAUUGAUAGGCGACACGUAAUUAAACAUCCUGUGUUUACCCAGACGGACCUGUCCGACACACUGUACAGCCAAUCACUUCUUAAUAAUGGGAUUAUAUAUUGGAGGAUGUCAAAAAUACUUUUAAUGUUUAAAAAAUAAUAUUUAAAGUGAACUAGAGACACUUUGUCACAUACAUGAAUAGACAACUCGGGUAGGUGCUGUGUACACAGACUGACAGUACACAAUGUAUACCAGAUCAGUAUGAAGGAGAGAAAAAAAUCAAGUUUUGAAUGACAUCCAAGUUCAACUUAUAUAGUACUUGUACAUUAACAUGUCGAGUAUUGUACUGUAGAACAUGUUUGUGUGUAAAGGGGUGGCCACAUGCCACCCAGACCCUCUAACAUAGAGAUGAUCCUACUGGAUACUCGGGUAGCGUGGCUGUCAGAGGUGGUGGAUCAGCGUGUCGAUUACACUGGAUCACUAUAAUGUGUACAGGGAUUUAAACUUCGUGUUAUGUAAGCCUGAUAAUGAAAUUCACCAUGCGAAAGAACAAGACUUGGGGGAGCAGUCGACAAUUAAGUGAAAUGGACCCCGCCCCAGCGCAGGUGGAGGACUGGUGUCUGGUGGACGGGGAAGGGGAGCGCUACAAACUGCCUAAAACCAUGCUGUUUAUGGGCCGGGAGGAAUGUGAUAUUGUUGUCAGGUCAGAGACUGUUGACAAGCGCCACGCUGUGAUAACAUUUGAUCAUUACCUGAACAAGUUCAAAAUCAAGGAUCUCACUACAGCCAAUGGGACGUUCGUGAAUGACCGGCGUAUACACGACCAGGAGUAUGUUACGUUGGAACAUAUGGACUCUGUUCGUCUAGGACAGGAUUCCAUGAUGUACCACAUGGAGGAGGUGAGAGAAGACGAGGACCAGCAGGCCCCUGAGCAGGACGUGGCCCAACCCACCACCAACAUGCCGUCCUGGGCCACCAAGGAACUUCCACUGAUGGCCAUGGCCGAGUGUCAGGGGUGCAUUGCUGAGCAACGGAUCUCCCACACUUGUACGGUUCAGAGUGACCAAUCAGAUGUGAUGAACUUCAGCCCCAAUCACUGUGUGGUUCGUCCCGACCAAUCAGACGCUAUGCAUUAUACCCAUCAUCAGCACGUGGUGCACAACAACCAAUCAGAAGCCAUGCAUUACAACCCUCAAAAUCAUGUGAUAUAUACAGAACAAACGGAAGCCAUUAAUUAUAUUCCUCAUCCUCAUAUGAUUAAUACUGACCAACCCCAUUACAAUCCUCAACAUGUGAUGCACAUGGACCAAUCACAUUACAGUGGUCAUCAGCAGCAGAUGUAUCCUGACAAUUCUCACUAUGAUAAUGUGGAGAGUUACACUAACGAGGAGUACAAACCACAGAACUCAUCCAAACAGUCCGACAAGGACCUCGGAUGUAACACGUGGCCGCGCAAAAGGAUGCGGAAUGUGAGAAACAUCGCUAGUUUCUUCACGGAGGAGUUAACCAAUGGCACAAGCCAGGAUGACCACUCACACAGAAUACUACGAGGGGAGAGCACUCAGAGAGAAAAUCUGCCACCCGAGUUAGAGACUGUGAAGAAAGCUACACCCUUGUAUGGUCAGCCGGAUUGGUGGGGAGAAGAUGUUGACCCUAAUGACAAUACUGAAGAUGCUUCCAACCUAAGUGUAGACAGUAAAGGUCACCAACAGUAUGUCACCAACACAUUGAACAACUCACACCGAAUGGAGCCUGCUCAGGGUGAGGCGAGUCAUGAUACAAGUGUUCUGGACCCCAGGGAUGUCCCUCCCUCAAAGUCCCAUGAUCCUGGAGGUGGGGGCCCAACAGCUGAUGAGAGUCAUGAUAAGGGAGAUAACCCCAUCCCCAGGCCACCAUCAGAUAGCUCAGCAGGUCCUGCUAUGUCUUUUACUGUUGACUUUGAUGAAGACAUUAGAACAAUGAAUUCUGCAGGAAAACUCAGUGACUUUGUGCCAUCUAAAAUGAGGAAAAGUUUCAGGGAGAGAAAAGAGAAAGCUAUAGCUAAAGCUAAAGAGGCUAAUUCACCUGAAAAGUUGGCAUCUAGUUCUGUUGCCAAAGAUAUCUCACCUGCAGCCAAGGGAGGUAAAUCUGUCUCUAAAGCAGGAACACCAGAGAAAGAAGAUCUACCAGAGAAAAUAGAAGCCGAAGAAAUCGCAACUAAAAGGCAAAAGAAGGCAGAAGCCGAGAUGACACCACCAAGACUACGGAAGAAAGUAGAAAACGAAGAGAUGACUCCUCGAAGACAGAAGAAAAUUGAUGAAAUAUGGGAGUCAGACUCAUCAUCAUCUACUAAAGGCAGAAGGUCAACAGAGAUGAAGAGGUCAAGCAGAUCCUCUCAAGAAAGUGACAAUGUUUCAGUUCCAACAAGGUUGACAAGGUCAAUGGAUACAGAUAAGGUCACCACAAGGUCGUCAAGGUCAAUGGACACAGAUAAAGUCACCACAAGGUCGUCAAGGUCAGUGGACACAGACAAAGUCACAACAAGGUCAUCAAGGUCAGUAGACACAGAUAAAGUCACAACAAGGUCGUCAAGGUCAAUGAACACAGAAAAAGUCUCCACAAGGUCCACUAGGUCGAUGGACAUGGAUAAGGUUACCACAAGGUCACCAAGGUCAAUGGACAUGGACAAGGUCAACACAAGAUCCACAAGGUCACAGGAUACAGAGAAGGUCACUGCAGUGUCAGCCAGAGGUACCAAAACAUAUGUCAAAAGAAAGGUAACAACAGACCCAAAAAAAUCCCAGAAAUCUGCCCAGCUUAAAGAAGAGGACCAGACAGCUGCUGCAGCAGUGCUCAAAAUGACGGAAAGUGCCUCAUAUCUCAUAGACAAAAUGUUUGAAAGCAGUCCCUCUAAACCAGGGACAAAAACAAAAUCUAAAACCAUGGCAGACAGAUUCACAGAACAUACCAUGUAUCGUGAGGCUAAAGAAUAUGACAAUGAGAAAUUCAAACUUACCCUGGAUACUGACAACUCAGCCCCACUCCUCGACUUGAUGACUCCCACCAAGGAAGGGAGUGAGGAAGAGUUGAAGGAGGUGGAUGAAGCUGUGGAUAAUGUCAGUGAGGCUGGGACAUACACCAUCGAUUGUGAUGAUGUUGAUGAGGAGGAACAGCAGGCACGACAUAGUAUAGACACAGUAUUCGGGGUAGCCAGCGAUGCUGACAUGAUGUCGCAAAGUCUUGUCAUCAAUGAUGAAGGCAAGAAACGUCUGGAUGAGCUCAGAAUUGAUGAGCCUCUGGAGGACAAGUUUGCUAAAGGGGAGAUAACUUUGGCAGACCUGGAGAAGGAGAUUGGGCGGCUAGAGAGGAGGAAGACAGAAGUGUCCGUAUCCAGUAGUGUAGAGGGAGAAGGAGGCAGCUCUGCCCUGCAGGAACUCAGAAUCAUUGAGGAUCAUGAGAACCCCAGCACCUCACUGCCAAGUGACGCUCCAGCAUGGGUAACACAGUGGGCUGCAUUGACCAAUCAAAAGUCCCGGUCUAGGUCAUCCAACAUGGAUGCCUCAAGUCCUAGCUCGAUUCACAGCCACACCUCAGAAAAAGAUGAGAAAACUUUCAAGAAGUCAGCCCAUGGUCUGAGACGUAGGGGGACAGGACGAAAACUUCCCAGCAUUCCAGGAGAGUCGAGUAAGACUAGUCCUUCCAGCAGUGAACACAGUUCAAGGGUUAGCGAGACUACAGGAAGUCCUAGCAUACUGACCCCCCGCCAUAGUGAUGGUGUCUUCUUGGAAAAUGGCAGACCGAAGGCGGUUACGAUCUCUAGUCAAGUGGUGUCAAAAUAUGAUGACACAGACACUGAAUCAGUGUCACGGACAAAGUUCAGCAGCGACACAGAAAGUGUGGCUACGAGUGCUCUCACUAGUGUGACAAGGUCAGAUAUGGACACUGACCGACCUAGCAGAAGUUCAAGGUCAGUGUCCAUAGAGAGUGAUAGGACAACACAUAGUUCACGGUCAGCACGUAGUACUGGCAGUAUGGAUACAGAACUUCUCCUGCGUGACACAGAAACUGUGAUGGCUGCCAUGGAGGCACGAAUGGGCUCAAAGUCAAGCAACAAACCCAAAGAACCCCCACAAAUGAACGGGGCUAACGAUUCCUUUUCAGAUAAUGAGAGUAUGGUUGCUAUGGUGAAUGGAGAUGACCAAUAUGUAAAACCAACAAACUUCAGUAGUCCCAGACAAAAUUUGGCCAAGACACGGCCAACAACAGGACAAGUGAAGAACAAGCCUUCUCUUAUUAGGACUAAUUCUGCUACUGCCAGGCUGAAUGCGUUUAGAGUGUGUAAUAAACGCCACAGUUCUGGGGAUGUGUCAACUGUAGUAUCUGAUGUACUCAGUGAAACCCCCACAGAAAUUGAACCCACUGAGGACAGCUUUAGCAGGUCCAACUCCAAAGGCAAGGGCAAAAUGACAAUGACACGCCCUAAUAGGGCAUUCGAGUUACGACGUGCUCGAGCUGAAGCUGAUGAACCCACCACACCUGGAUCAACAGUAAGCUCAGUGUCGGACACAUCAUCAAGGGGAACUACGUCUACGACCAACUCCUCGCGACCUUCUUCAAAGUCACGUUUAUAUUCAGACAGGACAAAUGAUUCCGCUCGCAGUGAUCUGAGUCUCGGUGGACAAAUUGUGGCGCGGAGUCGUAACAAUACCACACGCUCUACCAGCGACUUAUUGCGAAGAGAUGGAGGUAGACACAGUUUACGACUCAAUAGGGCUAACUCUAGCACUGAUCCAGUGUCUACUUUGGGAACUGAUAUACGCAAGACUGAUAUAAAAUCAAUCAAAGCCAGGUUAAAAAACUCAACUUAUGGGACGACAGGCUUGUCUGUGACUGGGGUGAGUAGUUCUAGUAGGAGCAGCACCAACACUCAGACCAGUAAUAGUCGCACCAACUCACCCAAGUCAGCAGAGAAAGAAGCUUGGAGGCGCAGGAAGGAAUAUGACCCUAGAAAGUCAGUUGCAACUGCUGCUAAGGCAAAAUCACAAGGCAAAAAAUCUAAAGGCGAUGAAAUACGGAUUCUUGCAUCUAAAAAUUCCAAAAUGACCCGUUCUGCUUCAUUUACUAACACAGCUGAACUGAGGAGAUAUAGGAGAGAUAACUCAUCAUUGUCAAGUACCGAUGAAAUUAGCACUUGUACAAACAGUGAGGUUGACCAUUCAUUUGUGGACCCAAGUUCCCAACGCGGAUUUAUUCCCUACUCCGGGAGGUCACAGUCAAGUCGUCUUUACCAGAGCUCUGAGGAUGAGGAGAUGAACAUGAUGGUGAAGUCUUCACAGGACCUGAGUCGGUGUUUGCUGGGCAGUGUGCCGUACAUGUCGGCCUUCACCCCACCACCCCCUAAACUGAUGUCUCCCUCCUCCUCACCGUCACCCCUACCUCUGUCCCUAUUUAAACCCCGCCCAUACAAUCACACAGCCCCUUCCAGGAAAUACUCUGAACCCACACUACCUGUCGUCCAGUCUUAUGACAACAUCCUGGUGUCCUCCAUUUUUCAAUUGUCACUCAAGCUCAAAUCAUCAACCGACAAGUCACUGAAAAAACUCAAGGACCACGAGAGGAUUGAGAAUGGUACAGCAGUCUCCCCUAUGGAUGAGAUGUUGGACCAGGCCAGCAAUGUGUCAGGGGACAUGCCUGGCUGGAACUCGGCCAAUCAGGAACUGGCUGGCAUCCUUAACAACCUCAGGAAGAUAGAACACCAUGUUCAUGUGAUGAACAAGGUAUUGUUUCCGGAUGAGGAGUCUGACUCCGACACACCGAGGAUGACAGGUCAGGAGAAACAGGAGUACCUCCAGGAGAUAGAAAGAAUCAGAGGGGAGCUGGCAGGCUUCCAACCCAUAUCCACUCCUGAAGAGGCUUGGAAGUUCCGUGACGGGGAUGAAUCCAUCGAGUCUGACUGUGAGGAGCUUGGUGUCCCAGAGGAAUUCUUCUAGCUAAUCAAAUUCUCACUAGAAAUACUCUAACCUACCAUAAUAUCACAGGAAUUCUCAGACUCAUUUGUCAAGAGAAAGAUUCCAAAUAGGAUCUUUUGUCCAUUCAAAGAAUAUGAGUAUUAUUUCGAGUAUAUUCAGUAAAUUCUCAUUAAAAUUCUUCAAACUAAUCUUUAGAGAUUGUUUAUUAAUUACAGCUGAAUCUUUCGAAAUUACAUCCAAGAAGAAUUGUUUUGAUUGGACAAUUAAGAUACUACAGUGUCAUAUGAAUUUAAUGUAAACCAAUUUUCUGGGUAAGUGAGUGAACAGUGUGUGGUACAAACUGUUUUAACACAAACUGCCAUAUGUGUGAUAUUUUAUCAGUCUGGGUCUGUCUAAAUGUGUCAGUUGAAUACUGACAUCAGUAAACCAGCUCAACUGUUGUUUUACCAGUGAUACAUCACACUUUGUUAAUGAUCUCUGUAACAAGACCAAAAGCUCCCAGGCUUCCAUGUAGGUUAAUGUUUAUGUCACCGCCUUAUAAGGGCAUGUGUUCAUUAGAGUGAGGGUUAGUGCUUAAAAGCUCAAACUGUCCAACUGAAUAUUGGAUCAUGCUAGGCAUGAUUUGGCAUUAGUUUUAACUUCCAUUUGUUUAUAUAAAUUAAUGUUUAUGUCAGUGAAUAUUCUAUGUAAUAGUGAACAUUCAUCAGUCAUGAAUAUUCAGUGUUGACUGAAUACUUAUGCAUUGUUAUUUGUACAUGUUAUGAAUAUUCAUGAGUUAUAUGUACAUGUCCCCAGACUUGUACUAUAUAGGUACUGUGUGUUGUACCGUUUUCUGUGAUAUGAUUUCCAUUGAGGAGAGUGCUUUUAAUGCUUAGAGCUGUAAACGUGUGUCUGACGUGAAUGAGUUGCCCCAUCCAUUGUAUCGUGCCACAUCAGAUGCUAGUCAGUACUAAACAAACCCACAGGUGUAGGCGCUAAGUAAACCUGUUUAUAAACCUAGUUAAAUAUGACACACAAGCAAGUCAUUUCUGUGUCUAAGCUUCAUUCAUUUUUAGUUUGUAAACUCCAAUCAUUCUAGAGGAAUCUCAAAAUAUUGCUGAAAAGAUAUUUUAAGAUUUAUAUUGAAAAAUUGUUAGUUUCAAUACUUUCUUUGCUUUGUGAUAAUUAUUCAUUGUUAAAAAAAUAUAUAUGGUUUAACAAUUCUAUCUGAAAUGAAAUUUGAUCUGGUAAUCCAAUACCCCUCGUUUGGGUAAGAGUUGAGUUAUAAUAUACGUUGUUAACCAUCGGUGUCAUGUUUGAAAUACUAUAUAUACAUAAAUGUCUAACUUGUUGUUUGUAAGUAUCAAUAUGUGAUGUAUGUGAUGCUAUGGAUUUGUACUACAUUGCCUUGUGUACGACUACAAGACUUCCUUCAGCAGUUAAAAUACGAUAUAGUGCCUAGGAUACACUAUCCCCUCUAAGUGCCAAGUUGUUCAGUAAAUCUGUAACCUCAUCAUGUCCAGUUUUUGUAUUUCAUCCUGUAAAAAAGUUCAAUAGAUUGGGAAUGUUAUUGAUAUUGGCUUUCUCCAUGUCAAACUAACCCACCAAGCUUAGUGUAGGAACAAAUAACUAAUACCUUACAAGUAGUGUAGGAUAUAGAGAAACUCGGCCUGAAUAAGUGGAAUAUUGGUACAUACAAAUCAAAACUGAUAGUUCCCAUAACAACAGAAACGUUCAUGUCUGUCUAUAUUUCCUUGUAACUUUGUUGUAAAACUUGCAGAUCAGUCUCCAAAUAUUGAACCAGGCAUACAUAAUAGUUCAACUUGUUUGGGAAGGGAGAUAACUCCAAUGAUCCCACACAUAAGGACAAAUUGACACUAGGAGAUAAAAUCUGAGAUUUUUUGCUAUUUUAUUUUUAAAAAAAAAAAAAUGUUUGGCGUAUAUCUAUGUAAAAUGGCAGAUUUUUACGAUAUUGUUUUGAAAUAGAAUGCUUCAACUGCAUGAAUAUUGUUAUCCAAAAUGUAUCUGUACUGAUCAAAGGAGGAUGGUUAUAGAGACAGGAUACAAAUAUAACAUCAAGUGAAGAACAGUGGGGUUCUAGCUCUGUUAGUGUUCGUGGGGACACCACCCCAGUCGCCUGGAUGUUUGUAUGUUAGUGAAUAAUGACUGUGAUAUGUUUUGCUUCAGUGUAAGUCUCGUUCCAGAGUUAAAGUUGGGUAAUAUGUAUACAUAUAUAUCUAUAAUAAUUGUUAUAAGAUGUCCAGUGUUAGUGAGCCAAUAUUUACAGAGAUAGUACACACGGCUGUGGCUGGAUGUCGAGUCUAACCACACAUUUCGUCAUUUCUCACCUUAUCGGUUGGGAAUAACAGUAUUUCGUGAUGCGUCCAAUGCCUAACGAAGGAACUUUGAUACAGUCCCUGCUAAAUGAAUUCCAGUUCCUGUAUUGAACUUUUGUAUGGCCUGUCUGGACUAAAAAAGUGUUGACUUAAUGACCAGAGCCUCGGUGGUCAUUUACCAGAAAACCACAUCAGAGACCUGUUAAAACUUCAUUUACCAAAACGAUUUUUUCAGAUAUAUUUGUAAGGGUAUCAACAUCAUGAUUGAAGAUGUUAUCUUUUGUUGUGGUGUAUACUUACUUACUGUAAUAGCAUGACCCAUAACCAAAAGUUCUUUCAAAACAUUUCAAAUUCAUUUUUAAAAAUCCGAACUUAUUCGGUUUGUUAUUUUUAAUUUUAUACACUUUAGGAACCUGAUGCAAUUAUUUGAGAUAACUUUUCUGUGUUCAGGACAGACCAGGUCAAUCAAACUGUAAAAUUAUAACUCCAUUACAAACGUUACAUGGACAAGCUAUAGAAUACAGUGUGUAACUGCUCUAUCUGUGGUGUACAAACACAUUGUAUGUGGUGCACAGUUACACAUACAGUGUACGUAGUGUGGGGUAUAGUGAAGUACAGCAGACGGGUGGUGUACGAUUCCAAAAAACGGCAGGUUCUGAUGUUGUUUUGUCUUGGGAACAAUGUAAAUGGCCAACAUUAACAAAUGCAAUAUAUUCUAUAUUCAUUGUGCUUAGAUUUUUACUAAUUCAGCUUAUUAACAGUACAUUAAUGUAAUGACUUAGUUGCAUAAGAACAAAUCCUUUCUCAAUUGAUAUAUUAUUUAUUAUAAAAUAAAACCAAAAAGCUACUAUUUAA